UAGUGUGCUGAUGAGAGCCGCUGCAGACUCAUCAGCUGGACUCAUCUGACUGAAAACGGCGGAAACGGCGCAUUAAUGUUUUAUGGGCUUGCAGGAGGAAAGUGUUAUUUAACUACUGGACAUAUCCCCACUAGCAGUGAAAGACGAAUCCAUGAACGGAGGAACUACCGGUACCCGCCUAUAGACGAGACGGUGCAGGUCUGACUGAGAUGGCUGUAUCACUGUGCUGCCACAGGACAGUCCUACUGGUUGUGGCCUUCUGUUAUCUGCCUUGCAUCACUUCCUCCCUCAACCUGGAGGAUCCCAAUGUUUGCAGCCACUGGGAGAGUUACUCUGUGACAGUGCAGGAGUCGUACGCCCAUCCUUUUGAUCAGAUUUAUUACACCAGCUGCACCGACAUCCUCAACUGGUUCAAGUGCACCAGACACAGGGUGAGUUACCGGACAGCAUAUCGUAGAGGAGAAAAGACCAUGUACCGCAGAAAGACCCAGUGCUGUCCAGGCUUCGACGAGAAUGGAGAGAUCUGUGCUCCUCACUGUGAAGAGAGCUGUAUUCAUGGCCGUUGUAUGGCACCCAACACCUGCCAGUGUGAGCCGGGCUGGGGAGGUUCCAACUGCUCCAGUGCUUGUGACAGUAACCACUGGGGUCCACACUGCUCUAACAGAUGUCAGUGCCAGAACGAAGCGCUGUGCAACCCCAUCACUGGAGCCUGUAUCUGCACUCCUGGAUAUAGAGGCUGGCGCUGUGAGGCUCAGUGUGAACUGGACACCUAUGGCAACGGAUGCCAACAGAAAUGCCAGUGCCAGAAUGGAGCUGCCUGUCACCAUGUAACCGGAAAAUGCAAGUGUUUGCCAGGAUACACAGGACCUUUCUGUGAAGACCUGUGUCCUCCAGGCAAACAUGGGCAGGAGUGUGAAGAGCGAUGCCCCUGUCAGAAUGGAGGAAUGUGCCACCCUGUAACAGGAGAGUGCUCCUGUCCUGCAGGAUGGAUGGGUACUGUGUGUGGCCAGCCAUGUCCAAAAGGGAGAUUUGGACAAAACUGUUUCCAGGAAUGCCACUGUCACAAUAAUGGCAUGUGUGUGUCAUCCACUGGACAGUGUCUCUGCAGCCCUGGAUACACAGGAGAACGGUGUCAGGACGAGUGUCCAGUUGGUACUUAUGGUGCCAGCUGUGCAAAGACAUGUCGCUGUAAAAACAACAGCAAGUGCGACCACAUCUAUGGAAUUUGUCUAUGUGAGCCAGGAUACACAGGGAAGACAUGUGAUGUCCGACUGUGUCAUGAAGGACAGUACGGUCUACAAUGUGAUAGGAAGUGUCCCUGCUACAUCCAGAACACCAACAGUUGCCACCCAAUGUCAGGAGAAUGUACAUGUCAGCCAGGUUGGUCAGGUCUCUACUGUAAUGAGACGUGCACCCCAGGUUUUUUUGGCGAGUCCUGCCAGCAGGUGUGCCGGUGCCAGAAUGGAGCUGACUGCCACAGCGUGACCGGAGAGUGUUUCUGUGCUCCAGGCUUCAUGGGUCCCCACUGUUCAGUCCCCUGCCCAGCUGGAAAACAUGGUGUUAACUGCUCAUCCAGCUGUAAUUGUAAGAACAGGGCUCAGUGUUCACCUGUGGAUGGGUCCUGCCUCUGUGAAGCAGGAUGGCAUGGGGUUGACUGCUCCAUCAACUGUGCCAGUGGCACAUGGGGUCUGGGCUGUAAUCUCACCUGCAUGUGUGGGAAUGGAGGAGCAUGUAGCGCCUUGAACGGUCACUGUACCUGUUCUCCAGGCUGGAGAGGAGAGAGAUGUGAACUCCCCUGCCAGGAUGGUACAUAUGGUCUGGAUUGUAGAGAACGCUGUGACUGUAGUCAUGCUGAUGGAUGUCACCACUCUUCUGGUCACUGUCGCUGUCUAGCUGGAUGGACUGGUAUUCACUGUGAUAGUGUGUGUGCAGAGGGUCGCUGGGGCCCAAACUGCUCCCUCCCCUGUAACUGUAAGAAUGGGGCAUCCUGCUCUCCGGAUGAAGGAACCUGUGAAUGUGCUCCAGGAUACAGAGGCACCAGCUGUCAGAGGAUCUGCUCGCCAGGUUACUUUGGUCACCGCUGCAGUCAGACCUGUCCACAGUGUGUCCACAGCAAUGGCCCAUGUCACCACGUCACAGGACAGUGUGACUGUCUGCCCGGCUUCAAGGGAACACUGUGUAAUGAGGUGUGUCCUAGUGGUCGUUUUGGGAAGAACUGUGCCUGGAGCUGCAGCUGUACCAACAACGGCACCUGUAACCCCAUCGAUGGCUCCUGCCAGUGUUAUCCAGGAUGGAUCGGCAGCGACUGCUCUCAGUUGUGUCCACCUGGCCAGUGGGGACCCAACUGCAUCCACACAUGUAACUGUCACAACGGAGCCUACUGCAGUGCUUAUGAUGGAGAAUGCAAGUGCACCCCAGGAUGGACGGGCCUCUACUGCACACAACGCUGCCCAUUAGGUUUCUAUGGAAAAGAUUGUUCUCAGACCUGCCAGUGUAAGAAUGGAGCUGACUGUGACCACGUCUCUGGACAGUGUACAUGUCGUACUGGCUUCAUGGGGCACCACUGUGAACAAAAGUGUCCUUCUGGUUCUUAUGGUUAUGGCUGUCGUCAGGUCUGUGACUGUCUAAACAACUCCACCUGUGAUCACAUGACUGGUACAUGUUACUGUACGCCAGGCUGGAAGGGAGCUCGAUGUGACCAAGCUGGUGUUAUGGUGGUGGGCAGCCUCAACAGUUUGACAAGUGCCGUCAUGCAUGUGGACACCUACCAGAUUGGAGCCAUCACAGGAAUCAUCAUCCUCGUGCUGCUGGUGCUCUUUCUUUUGCUCAUCCUCAUUAUUUACAGGAAGAAGCAGAAAGGCAAAGAACCCGCCAUGCCAGCUGUGACCUACACUCCUGCUCUGAGGGUCACUGCUGAUUACACCAUGGCAGACGCUCACCAACCAACAUGUGACCCCCAACCUAGCAACUACUUCUCCAACCCCAGCUAUCAUACUCUAACCCAGUGCCUCAGCCCCCAGCAUGUUAACAAUGGCCUGUAUGGAAAGGCCAACAACAACCAGCUGUUUGUGAACAUUAAGAAUGUGGCUCCAAGGAAUCGGGAUCCUCAUACUGGCACACUUCCUGCAGACUGGAAACAAGAGGACUGCUUCAAUGAACUGGGAGCCUUUGGAGUUGACAGGAGAUACAUGGGAAGAUCUUUGGGUGAUCUGGUGAAGAGCACACCCCAUCAUGCCAGCUCCUGUUCCCUCAACAGCUCUGAAAAUCCAUAUGCUACAAUAAAGGACCCUCCCCUGCUGACAGCAAAAAACACAGAAUGUGGCUAUGUGGAAAUGAAAUCACCCGCCAGACGGGAUUCACCAUAUGCCGAGAUUAGCAACAGCAGCCCGACUAAUAACCGGAAUGUCUAUGAAGUUGAACCAACUGUAAGUACCAUCCAUCACACUGGAGAAGGCAUCAGCGAUGCCCAGUUUGGACAGGAUCCAUAUGAUCUACCAAAAAACAGCUGCAUCCCCUGUCACUACGACCUCCUGCCAGCCCGAGAGAGUCCUUCUUCAGAGCUCAAAGAGCUGGACAGUGAAUAAUGGGGGGAGAGACUCAAAACCGAGACGAGGUCUUACUUCCAGUCUGUGGCUCCAGCACCGGGUCUUCUACAAACAGGCACACUUUAUACCCAUGACAUACUUGUUUUUUUGUUAUCUUUGACGCUAUCACUAUAAUUAUGUAUCAUCAUUUAAAGUAAGUAUAUAUGUUUGGAGGUUAGUUUUUAGACUGGUGUAUUUUUUUCAACAGUUGCUGUAACUCCAGUGAAGUCUUCGUAGGUCAUUCCACAUGUCUGACAGUUAAGUUCUCAGUGUGCUUUGAAUGAAACAAUUCUAAUAAUGUGUUGUACAACCGCUGCUAAAGGCAGUGUUCCUGCCAUUUCCAAAUGAUCACUCUCAAAAGUGACCUGAAAUGCUUGCUGUCACCUUUUGACUGCCUGCCCGAUCUCUCCUGAAGUACUCAGUGUGCUUUUGCAUCUUUUGAUCUCAGCAAGACAAAUUGUUCAAAUAGCACUAAAACAUGUCUUCAAAGGGCGGCUGUACUUAUUGUACACAUGAAAAGUGACCUAACAUUGGUAAAAUUGCCAUGGAUGUUGUCUGAUUCAAAAAGUUUUAAAAUCUGACGUGCAUAGCCAGUUCCACUGUCUGAGAGAUGGUUUAAGAUUCUGUUAAAUGAUCUUAGCACUUUACAUCUCUAUUUUUGUAACAGCAGUUUUAGAAAAUGGUUAACAGGAUGAGUGGUAGCAAUUCUAUCAAAAAUCUAUUUUUUUUUCAUGUCAAGCUGCUGACAAUCCUUUUGGUGUACACUUAGUAAUGAUAUCAAAUGUAGUCAGUCGGUUUUGGAUAGUAUUUAAGUUAACCAAAGGUACAAGUCCCAUUUAUUGCUUUUAUCAGCAUUGUCUGUGAGGUUCCAAGCUGAGCCCUUUCUACUGUUAUAAUAUUUCCAUUGAUUGUCAGCAAUUUCCCACUAAAUGUAGAAUAAACUUUGUAUUUCAUAAAUAUCCAUCAUACAUUCUGUUCGGUGAUCACUAUCACUUCUCUGUGACACCUUCUGUCCUUCACAGUAGCUCCUCUGAGCAGGAUGUUUAUCCAUACACUGUAUUUCACAAAGGGAACUUGAUCCCCGUUUGCUGUACAAAUGUACUUUGCAAUGUGUCUUGAUGACUACUUCAUCUGUCUUGCUAAGUCAUUCCUCUCUAUUUUAACUGUUCAGCAAAGGUAUCCCUCCUCUUGUCCCUUCAAAGCCUUUAGGAAAUAUGCAAGAGUUUAUCUGGGCCUGUUUUGUAUACCAGCUGCUGCCCAACAUACUGUAUUGUAUUCAGCUGUGUGUCUAGUUCUUCAUUUUGGCUGUUCAGCUCCAUCAGUAGUAAAAUGGCAGCAAAGUAGGGCACAGGUGCUUCACCAAUCAUCUCUUCUUAUAUAUGAUAUCAUGUUGUUUUGUCUGACCAAACAACUGAAAAAAAUAACUUUCUCUCUAAUGUAUUGGGUCCUGUACCAUUCAGAUAGACAGGGGUAAAAUGGUGCUUGCUGAUGUGAUUUCAUUCUGUCAUUAGGAUUUGUGACCUAUGUGGAGAGGUUUUACAAGUGACAGUUUAUAGACUGAAGAAUCCAACAAAAUAUGUGUUCUAAGUGUUAUAGCAAUUCAACAUCAACAGGUGGCAGCCAUGGUUAAGGUGGGAAAUUGGUUUGUCCACUAAUCAAAAGGUUGAUGGUUUGAUCUGGGGCCCCUCCAUAUGCUAAAGUGUCUUUGGGCAAGACGCUGCUCCCCAGACUGCUUUCAAUGGUAAGUGAACACCAUGCAUGGCAACUGUGCCACCAUUAGUGUGUGAGUGUUUGUAGGAAUGAGCGAAUGAGAAACACAUUGUGAAGCCCUUUGUAGAGCCGAGCUGAGAUUAAAAAUGCCCUAUACAAUA